GCGACGCUUAAAGUGUGCGGAGCAGGUGCCUCCCGGGGAGGACGAACUUUGCCAGAGUUAGUGCUGUUCGCUGCACUCAUUCAUUGCCUGCAGGCGUCUAUCCUCCCGUCCUGCCCGCAGUCGUCGGGAAGGGGACCCGAGGACUACAGCGGCCACUUGCGGGGCACUGGGGCCAGAGGAGGGCCGGAGAGCGCCGCUGACCCUCGUGGGCUGGGGAGGUGACGGCGGCUGCGUCCAUGCAGCUGUGUGCCAGGGCAUGGGGGCUGCGCCUGGGCCGCGGAGUCGGGGGCGGCCACCGCCUGGCCCGGGGCGCGGGCUGGAGUUGGGCGCCGCAGGGCCGGGGCAGCAGCAGCGGCGGCGGCGGUGGCGGGGACCGCGGCGCGGCUGGGGCCUCGCGCCUCCUGGAGCGCCUCCUGCCCAGACACGAUGACUUCGCUCGGAGACACAUCGGCCCGGGAGACAAAGACCAGAGGGAGAUGCUGCAGGCGCUGGGGCUGGCGAGCAUUGAUGAACUCAUCGAGAAGACGGUCCCCGCCAGCAUCCGCUUGAAAAGACCAUUGAAAAUGGAAGACCCUGUUUGUGAGAAUGAAAUCCUUGCAACUCUGCAUGCCAUCGCAAGCAAAAACCAGAUGUGGAGAUCAUAUAUUGGCAUGGGUUAUUAUAACUGCUCGGUGCCCCAGACCAUUUUGCGGAACUUACUGGAGAAUGCUGGAUGGGUCACCCAGUAUACUCCGUAUCAGCCAGAGGUGUCUCAGGGAAGGUUGGAGAGUUUACUCAACUACCAGACCAUGGUGUCUGACAUCACAGGUUUGGACAUGGCCAACGCCUCGCUGCUGGAUGAGGCAACCGCGGCUGCAGAGGCGAUGCAACUGUGCCACAGACACAACAAGAGGAAGAAGUUUUUUGUGGAUCCGCGUUGCCACCCACAGACCAUAGCUGUUGUCCAGACUCGAGCCAAAUAUAGGGGGGUGCUUGUUGAGCUGAAGUUACCCCAUGAAAUGGAUUUCAGUGGCAGAGAUGUCAGUGGGGUGCUGUUCCAGUACCCAGACACUGAGGGAAAGGUGGAGGACUUCACAGAACUUGUAGAAAGAGCCCAUCAGACUGGGAGCCUGACCUGCUGUGCCACCGACCUUUUAGCUCUGUGUAUUUUGAGGCCACCUGGAGAGUUUGGAGUGGACAUUGCCCUGGGCAACUCCCAGAGAUUUGGAGUGCCACUGGGCUAUGGGGGACCACAUGCAGCCUUUUUUGCUGUCAGAGAAAACCUGGUGAGGAUGAUGCCUGGAAGGAUGGUGGGGGUGACAAGGGAUGCCACAGGGAAAGAAGUGUAUCGCCUUGCUCUUCAGACCAGAGAACAACACAUUCGGAGAGACAAAGCCACCAGCAACAUCUGCACUGCUCAGGCACUCUUAGCCAACAUGGCUGCCAUGUUUGCCAUUUAUCAUGGUUCCCAUGGGCUGAAGCAUAUCGCUAAAAGGGUUCAUAAUGCCACUCUGAUUUUGUCUGAAGGUCUCAAACGAGCAGGACACCAGCUGCAGCAUGACCUGUUCUUUGACACCUUGAAGGUUCAGUGUGGCUGUUCAGUGAAGGAGGUGUUGGGCAGAGCCGCUCAGAGGCAAAUCAACUUUCGACUCUUCGAAGAUGGCACACUUGGCAUUUCUUUGGAUGAAACCGUCACUGAGAAGGAUCUGGAUGAUUUGCUGUGGGUCUUUGGCUGUGAGUCCUCCGCAGAAUUGGUAGCUGAAAGCAUGGGAGAGGAAAGGAGAGGUCUUUUGGGGUCUUCAUUCAAGAGAAGCAGCCCAUUUCUCACACAUCAGGUGUUCAACAGCUAUCACUCAGAAACCAACCUUGUCCGGUAUAUGAAGAAACUAGAAAACAAAGACAUUUCCCUUGUUCACAGCAUGAUUCCAUUGGGGUCCUGCACCAUGAAGCUCAAUAGCGCCUCCGAACUCACACCCAUCACAUGGAAAGAAUUUGCUAACAUCCACCCCUUUGUGCCUCUGGACCAAGCCCAGGGAUACCAGCAGCUUUUCCAAGAGCUGGAGAAGGAUCUGUGUGAGCUCACAGGUUAUGACCAAGUCUCUUUUCAGCCUAACAGUGGAGCCCAAGGGGAGUAUGCUGGACUGGCCACUAUCAGAGCAUACUUAGACCAGAAAGGAGAGAGGCACAGAACGGUUUGUCUCAUUCCCAAGUCAGCCCAUGGAACGAAUCCAGCAAGUGCCUACAUGGCGGGCAUGAAGAUCCAGCCUGUGGAGGUGGACAGAUACGGGAACAUCGAUGCUGCUCACCUCAAGGCCAUGGUGGAUAAACACAAGGAGAACCUGGCCGCCAUCAUGAUCACGUAUCCAUCUACCAAUGGUGUGUUCGAAGAGACUAUCAGCGAUGUGUGUGCCCUUAUUCACCAACAUGGAGGACAGGUCUACCUCGACGGGGCAAAUAUGAAUGCCCAGGUGGGAAUCUGCCGUCCUGGAGACUUUGGAUCUGAUGUGUCUCACCUAAAUCUUCACAAGACCUUCUGCAUUCCCCAUGGAGGAGGUGGCCCUGGCAUGGGGCCCAUUGGAGUGAAGAAGCAUCUUGGUCCCUUCCUGCCCAGUCAUCCCAUUGUUUCCAUAAAACCAAAUGAAGACACCUGGCCAGUGGGGACUGUCAGUGCGGCUCCAUGGGGCUCCAGUUCCAUCUUGCCCAUUUCAUGGGCUUAUAUUAAGAUGAUGGGAGGAAAGGGCCUCAAAGAAGCCACAGAAAUUGCUAUUUUAAAUGCCAACUACAUGGCCAAGCGAUUAGAAAAACACUACAGAGUCCUUUUUAGGGGUGCAAGAGGGUAUGUGGCUCAUGAAUUUAUUUUGGACACGAGACCCUUCAAAAAGUCUGCCAAUAUUGAGGCUGUAGAUGUUGCCAAGAGGCUCCAGGAUUAUGGAUUUCAUGCCCCUACCAUGUCCUGGCCUGUGGCAGGGACUCUCAUGAUUGAGCCCACUGAGUCAGAAGAUAAGGCAGAGCUGGACAGAUUCUGUGACGCUAUGAUCAGCAUCCGGCAAGAAAUCGCCGACAUAGAGGAGGGUCGCAUUGAUCCUAGGGUCAACCCCUUGAAGAUGUCUCCACACUCCUUGACCUGUGUCACUUCCUCCCACUGGGAUCGGCCCUAUUCUAGAGAGGUGGCAGCAUUUCCACUGCCUUUCGUGAAACCAGAGAACAAAUUCUGGCCAACCAUUGCUCGUAUCGAUGACAUCUAUGGAGAUCAGCACCUGGUUUGCACCUGCCCACCCAUGGAGGUCUAUGAGUCUCCAUUUUCCGAACAGAAAAGGGCCUCCUCUUAGUUCUUCCUUUCCUCCCUGAGUUCAAAGGACUGAUUUGAUGCCUCUUUCUGGAGCAUUUGACAAGCAAAGAUAUUUCUUCCCCUGCCCAUGGCUCAAGCAGGAGGUUUAUAUGCUGUAUAUUUUGGUAAUCUUUCAAGGUAAUGUAAACACAGUUAGCAUGGUGAGUGGUAGCUACCUGCUGUAAGGCAGUUGCUGUUCCUGUUGCCUUGAUUGAGAGCCAUUUAGUUUUAUAAAUAGGAACUUUAGGGUGUGCUAGCAAUUUUAACCUUUUAAUUCAAGAAGUUUGCAGAGGUCAGAGCCUAUGCUGGGAAUUCAAUAGACAUUUUUUUUGUUCCAAAUAAGUCCUUGUGGACUGUGCCCUCUGGGAAAUUCCAGGGCCAAUGUUUACAUUUUGUAUACACUGAAGAAUUCUUCCUCACUAAUGUGCCUGAUCUGUCAUAGCAUUUCUGAAUGUUUUCCUUUCGCUGUGUGGAUUUUUUUUAUCUGCUUUAUUAGUGUUCUAAUAAAACUGAAUAUGAA